GAACAGGGUACCAAUCUUGCACCAUCCGAAAUGACAGAAAAUAUAAAAGGUCGAAUUCUACUCGUAUUACUCCCUCUCCAUCCGAUCACGGUCCUACGGGACCCUGAUGCAUGAUCGCACGGCAAAUUUGAACGGCCAAGAUCGAGCCACGGCAUUCGUGCAAGGAUCGCAGAGGAUCUUCGUACCGGAGCCCAUCAUCCUCGUCACUCACCUCAGAAGCACACGCAAAAUGGGCGGCAGCACAGCAGCUUAGCCCAUCUUUGCUGCUUUGGUGGUUUUAUUAAAUCGCCUCGGUUGCUUGCACAUAAACACGAGGGGUUUGUUUGUUUGUUUGUCUGUUGGUCACACAUGACACCAGCCUUCUUCUUCGCUUAGCCCUUUCCGUCCAGCCUCUCCAUGCCUCCCGUAGUCUCGUUCACCUAAAUUGCUCGGAUCCUUGCACUUUGCAAGGAUUUUUAGCUGCUGCCCCAACCAAUAAGCAGCUAACCCACUCCUCGGCUCAAAAGCGCCGGUGAGCUGCGCUGAUUUCCCCGGCGUGUCGUGAAAUGAGGGGCGCAUUGCCCGGACCACACCGGCCAGGGAGGCGGGGGAGGAGAAGAAGAAGAUGAGGAUUAGCCCCGUGCUGCUCUUCGUGGUGGUGAUACUGGCCGGCGUCGUCUUCGUCUCCGGCCUGCUACAUCUCCUCGUCCGGCUCCUCCGGUGGCACGCCCGCCGCAUACGCUCGGCGGCGGUGGAGGGCGCCGCCGACGAGGCGGGGACGGCGGAGGUUGGGGAGGAUUCGGCGGCGUUGCAGAGGCAGCUGCAGCAGCUGUUCCACCUCCACGAUGCAGGGCUGGACCAGGCCGUCAUCGACGCGCUGCCGGUGUUCGCCUACGGGGACGCGGUGGCCGGCGGGGGCGCCGGCGCCAAGGAGCCGUUCGACUGCGCGGUGUGCCUGUGCGAGUUCGCGGGGGACGACCGGCUCCGGCUGCUCCCGCCGUGCGGCCACGCGUUCCACGUCGACUGCAUCGACACCUGGCUCCUCUCCAACUCCACCUGCCCUCUCUGCCGCUGCGCGCUCCUCGACGCCGACCUCUUCGACGGAGCCGAGGCCGCGGCAGGGGACGACUGGAGGCGGCGGGAGGACCAGGAGGAGGAGGAAGAGGGCGCGGUGUUCCCGGUGCGGCUGGGCAAGUUCAAGAGCGCGUCCAGGGCCGGCCCCGUCGUCAUCCGCGAUGGCGACGACCCCGCCGUUGCCGCGAGGGAGGAGGAAGACACGAGCAGCGGCAGGAGGUGCUACUCGAUGGGGUCCUACCAGUACGUGCUCGCCGAGGCCAGCCUGCAGGUGUCCGUCCACCGGCGGCGCGGCGGCGAUGGGGCGGAGAGGAUGAGGGGGCCGAGAGGGAUCUCCGGCGGCGGCGGCAAUCCGGCUGGCGGCGGUGGCGAGGGGAAGAAGAUUGGCGCGGGGAGCAGAGGCGACAGCUUCUCGGUGUCCAAGAUCUGGCAGUGGCCGCGGAACGGCAAGGGGAAGCUCCCCGUGCUCGCGUCCGACGACUCCUCGCCCGCGUUGCAGCAGUGGCCCAGGAGAAGCGUCGGGGAAUCGUGAUACAGGAAGGGAGGAAGAAGACUUGUGCUGUUUUUUUUUUAGGGUGCAGUGUGGGUUGCAAACAUUUUGCUUGAGUUAAUUUCUUGGUUUCCUUUUGGCUGUUCUUAAUCUGUCCAUAGCCACAUUCGUUUUUUCAAGUGAUUGUGCUGCCGAUUUUACAAAUCUACAGAUGCAUGAUGAUGAACUCUGUCUUCCCAUUAGUUCUCCCUCUAGGAUUAGCACUGGAAACACCCAUUCACAUGCCUAAUUUCGAACUCAGGAAUUUCAACCA